GAAAAAACCUCUUAAACGUGUUUUGAAUGUAGCGAGAAAAUAAUUUUUAUAAGUGUGCAUCUCAUUUGGUGCUGAAACUUGUUGUUUUCUCAGUCCGCAUCCAUGACUUUUGGCACAAAAUUUGACGAGUUCGUAUCUCAAGCGCAAAUACGCUUCGCAAUUGUUCUUUGUCGUUGUAAAAGGCGCACCUAAAGCAAAAAUUAUUGAAAGCAAUCGUUCAACGGUUUUGGGAAGGAAAUGUUUUUUCAUGUCAAAAUUCGUAGCUAAGCGUUGCGUGACAGGAGUUUGCAACUGGGGUGGAAAUUGAAACGGGGUGGAAAUUGGUUUUCAAGCUAAGAGAACAUUUUUUUUUUUCCAUCGAUUUCCUUAAGAACAGAAUAACAAAGGAAACGAAACGAAGCUGAGAAAAACAGCUGUCCACUAUUAAGGCAAUCUAUCGCACCUUUAUGACCCCUGCUGAUUGCCUAUAGACGAGAUUGAAAUAGAUAUUAUUGAUUCUCCCAAUUCAGAGACUAACGAAUGGAAAAUUUGCAAGUUAGUUUCACAGUCAAAAUUGGGACAUUGAAUUAAACGGACACCAUUUAUUAAACGUACAUUAGCCAAGAUCCCAAGAAAUAUGUGAUUCCCUUGUUUACUGUAAAUAAUAUCUUGGACACCUUUUAUAUUAGUAGACCUGAAAACCUCGAAGGUGGCUGGCUAAAAUGGGUCGUCUCUAUUAUUUAAAUUUAGGACGGCUCUCAACACCCAAGCAUAAGCCGUGCGCAGACGCAGUAAGAGUUUGUUAAAUUGCGGUUUCGUAAGGAAAUUCCUCUUGCAAAGGCGCUAAUAUGUAUUCAUGUGUUAUGUUGCGGCUCGUGCUUAUGCACAACGUAGGAGUGAAGACCAACCUUAAAGGACCCUUGUAAUUAGAUUCUACUAUCCAACGUGCCCGAUACGGAAAAAUCUGACCAAGCUUUAAGACUGGCCGAGAUAUUGAUGAAGUAUUCCGGCUCGGUCAAGCUCGUUAUCAUUGAAAGAAGAACCUCUGUCCGUUGUCACUGUAAGAGUUAACCACCUGGCACAGAUGAUCAAUCUCCACAAUGAAGAACCCGGGACAAACUAGCGUUUUUGUCCUAAAAUUUCGAUUGCGAAAUUUGUAGUUACUUUUCGUCUAACGUUCUGUUUUCAAUUUUCAGCUUUAUGUGGUCGUCUGUAAGUGAGAUAUCUCACCUCCGUCACAUUCUUACAUAUCUAUCACAUCUCGUGCAUUUCCGUAGUUUGGUCACGAGAACUUUGUGGUCUAACCUAAGUAACUGUAUCUUAUACGUACUUUGAUAAAUUUUCCUCUUAGUAAAACAAAACAAAUGAGCGCAAACACAUCAGUAUAGUUUAGGAGAGUAAUUUCAGAAGUAUCCAACAUCAAAAUCAGUGGUAUCUGACAAAUCAGCCCUAUGUUAAAAACAGACAAUAGCUAAAUAUAGAGAAUUGCCCCGAGGGUGUCCCUUCAUACAGGUUUGACAGUGUUUACACUUGAGUCUCGUGAACGAAUUUGAAUACAUCACUUUGGAAUUUGGAAUUUGGACCCUGUUGAACUAAUUCUUUUUUGCCACCUCAAACGGACCACGGAAGACGUGCGCAAAAUCUCGAGACGAAAAGAAUAACUUCCGCACACAAGCCCGGACAAGAAUGGAAAAGCAGAUCUUUCUGCGAAUUGUCUUCGGCAUUGUCUUGAAAGACGUAUUCACAACUGGAGUUAAUGCCUACUCAUGCCCUAGUUCCCCCGUCACGUAUGCCUCAGAAGGUGAUAACGUAACGAUGUGCUGGAAACUCUUGCCGGAGAACGAAAUAUUGCGCUUCUCAGUGAUGGCUUUGAAAAGACCAGUGGAAGCGGUCAUGGAGAAAGUGGCGACAGUAAACAGAGAUGGAACAUUCUUCAAGUUCUACGAAGUGUUCCAUGACGGCUUGUACGUGAACCGAGUAACUGCGGACGCUGAUUUGCAGACUUCGGAGUUGUUUCUAAGAUUGACAAAUUUUACCAGCAAGAUGCAGAAUAUCUACUGUAUAAAGUACGAGAUACUAGGCAAAGAUGACGUCAGCACUUGUCAUUCUGAAGCCCUGAUUUUGCGAGAUAUAGGUUUGCAACCCCCCAAGACCACAGUGGAAACUACCACAGUGGCAGUAACAAACAGAACAGAAGCAAAAGCACCUCCAACUAAAGGACGACGCGUUGCCUCUUCUAAUCAAAACACAAUAAUAAUAAUAAUUAUCCUCGGCUGUUUGCUUGGAGUGGUAUCUGUCCUCGCUAUAAUAGGCUUCAUGCUUUUUUGCCACGCAAGAAAGAGAGAGCCAUUACCAGCUAAGCCAAAAGAACCUCUAGUGAAAAAAGUGUAAAGAUAUUGCUACCUGGUAGAGUGUUUGGACAUUUCUCAUGUUUGAAGCUUUGUAAGAUUGGCCUGGCACAGAGAUACAAUCCGCUGAUCGCUUUUCGCCAUGUGCACAAGUUAUAGUCACAUUAGGCUCUUUCGAAUGUUAUACAUUCUUCUAUUUAUUAUAUUUGCUACGCAUGUAAAGUAAAAAAAAAAGACUUACCGGUAUAGUGGAACCCCGUUCCCAGA